AUGCUGCACAGAAGCACUGUUGUUGCGUGGAUUCUUGCAAUUUGUUGUUUCAAUGCGCAGGCGCAGGAGCAGGCGCAGGCGCAGGUGCCUCGAGAAGAAGUAAAUGCUCUUCGACAAAUUGUUACUACAAUGGGCGCAACAAACUGGAGCUUCAAUGCUGAUACAUGUGAAGUGGUAUCUGUUAUACCAUGGCCGCCACCAAUUGCGUCUGAGGGUUAUGUUGAAUGUAACUGCAACUUUAAUAACAAAACUGUCUGCCAUAUCACGAAAAUUAUUAUAAAGAGUUUUAAUCUUCCUGGAGUUCUUCCACCCGAACUUGUGCAGCUCCCCUACCUCGAAUUUGUUGAUUUUGCCUACAACCUCUUCACUGGUACAAUCCCACAUGAAUGGGCUACAACACAGUUGAAUUCCAUCUCUGUUCUUGUAAACCGGUUAUCAGGGCAAAUACCAAGGGAAUUAGGAAACAUGACAAAUCUCACUUACAUGAACCUUGAAGCAAACGAAUUCUCAGGGCCUAUUCCACCAGAACUUGGGAAAUUAAUGAACUUGAAAACUCUGAUCUUGUCUGCCAAUCAAUUGAUUGGGAAUAUGCCAGCAUCAUUUUCAAGACUAACAAAUUUAAUUGAUUUUAGGAUAAGUUAUAAUAGCUUAAGUGGACCAAUACCCAACCUUAUUCAGUACUGGAAGCAGCUUAAUGAACUAGAAAUGCAUGCGAGUGGAUUAGAGGGGCCCAUUCCUUCAAUUAUAUCUCUUCUGACUAUGUUAACUGAUUUGAGAAUUAGUGACAUAAAAGGACCUACUCAGGAAUUUCCUAUGCUGAGGAGUAGUACAGCCCUAGAAACCCUGGUGUUGAGAAACUGUAACAUUUCUGGAAAAAUCCCUGCAUAUAUUUGGAGACUUAGAGAGCUGCAAAUGCUGGAUGUCAGUUUCAAUAAGUUAGAGGGGGAGAUUUCAAGAGACAUUGCAAGAAAACUGAAAACUGUGUUCGUUACUGGCAACAUGCUGAGUGGAAAUAUACCUGAUACUAUCUUGAAGGAUGGAGGCAACAUUGAUCUUUCUUACAAUAAUUUUACUUUUCAAGGCCCAGAUCAACCUGCUUGUCAACAAAACAUGGAUCGCAACGUUAACUUGUUCAAGAGCUCAUUGACGUUAAACAUGAGCAACAGACAGCAGAUGCUUCCUUGCACCAAAGAUGUAGCCUGCCCUAGAUAUCAGUGUUCUCUACAUGUUAAUUGUGGUGGGGAUGAUUUAACUGUAGAAGAAAGCAAUAGAAGAGUUAUUUAUCAAGGAGAUGUGUAUGGUGAUUCUGCUGGAUACUUAAGUAGUAGUCAUUGGGGCUUCACUGGCACAGGGGACUUCAUGGACGAGCCUAUUUAUCAAAAUUCACGUGCUAUCAGACCUACAGCAAAAACAAAUCUCCCUGAUUUGUAUAGUACAGCACGUCUUAAUCCUCUGUCACUUACAUAUUUUCAUUAUUGCCUGGAGGAUGGUAGUUACAAUGUGAGCCUGCACUUUGCUGAAAUACUUUUCACCAAUGACAAUACAUAUUACAGUCUUGGAAGGCGGAUGUUUGAUAUUUACAUCCAGGAAAAAUUAGUCAGGAAAGAUUUUAACAUUGUUGAUGAAGCUCGAGGAGCACAAAGGCCCGUGACUAGACAUUUUAAUGUCACAGUGACAGAUAAUAGCUUGGAGAUCCGAUUUUACUGGGCUAGCAGAGGGACUGCACGAAUUCCUAAUAGAGGAGACUAUGGUUCCCUUGUAUCAGCUAUUUCGGUUAAUCCAAAUUUCAAAAUUUGUUCGAAUGGAAGCAAAAAGAAUGUAACUGCUUAUAUAAUAGUUGGAGUUCUGUCAGCAUUUACUAUUUUCAUGAUACUUGGCAUCCUUUGGUGGAAAUGCUAUUUGGGAGGGAGAAAACAAGCAAGAACAGGUUUUGAAGGUCUAGAAUUGCAGACAGUUGCUUUUAGUUUAAAGCAAAUUAAAGCUGCCACUAACAACUUUGAUGCUGCAAACAAGAUCGGAGAAGGUGGUUUUGGUCCCGUGUACAAGGGUCAACUAUAUGAUGGUACCGUAAUCGCUGUGAAGCAGCUCUCUUCUAGAUCAAGGCAAGGAAACCGUGAAUUUCUGAACGAGAUUGGCAUGAUUUCGUGUUUACAACACCCAAAUCUCGUCAAACUGCUUAACGAAGACGAGAAGACUCAUAUUAGCACUAAAGUUGCUGGAACAAUAGGAUAUAUGGCACCUGAAUAUGCAUUGUGGGGUUAUCUGACCGACAAAGUGGACGUUUAUAGCUUCGGAGUUGUGGCUUUGGAAAUUGUCAGUGGCAAAAGCAACAAUAAUUACAUGCCAAGCCACAAUUUUGUUUGCCUUCUAGAUUGGGCUUCUCACUUGCAAGAAAGUAAAAAUGUAGACGAACUUGUUGAUCCAAGGUUGGGUUCUCGAGUAAACAAAGAGGAAGUAGGAAGAAUGGUGAAAAUAGCGCUCCUGUGUACCAACGUAACACCAUCCAUCAGGCCUACAAUGUCCGAGGUAGUUCAAAUGCUUGAAGAACAAAUGGCGAUUCCAGAUGUUAUCCCGGAAGGAAGUAUGCAUAAUGAUGAUAUGAGGUUUAAAGCCAUGAAAGACUUCCAUCGCGAGAUGCAAAAUGGAAGUUCCAGCGGAAGCUUAACUCAAAAUUCAAUAACAAUACAUACAGAUGCAGGUUUUUCUUCAUCAACCACCGAUCUUUUCGAAAUCAAUAGAAAUACGAUGUCAUAUUGA